UGGAAGUCAUUCAUCAGGGUUCGGCGUUAGUCAUGGAUGACCCUUCAUUUAUCACUGAUCCGGUGCUGGAUAGACACAUAGCGCACUGAUUGGACGCAGCGGGGGGACCAGUAGCGCUUCACAUCCACCGCCGAGCUAGAUCCAGAGCUGAGGAAACACACUCUUGCGCGAAUUAUCUGUACUCUCGCAGCGCUUUCAGUUAGGCUUGCACGCGCGCACUCCCGGCUUUGUUGUAUCUCUGUGAGGAAACAGCGGCUGCUCGUGUAACUCCGUAUCUCGGUGUAUCCGGACGGUGUCGGCUGAUAUUCGGCGUAUACGCACAUCAGCGCUGGACACAUCGAUCACCCCCGACCGAUCUCCUCCGUUUGCUCUUGCAUUCAGAGAGUCUGAGUGAAUCUCGCGCUCUCCGGACUAUAUCGUUUGGACGGGAGUUGCUGUUUGAAGCGAGUUGAGGAGGACUUGUUUUGCAAGAAACAUCUCUCUGUUUUGUCUUUCCCUGAAGAAGUUGACCGUCGUUUAGUGAAGUUUUCUCAAUGGGAUGCUGAAACACAUCAACAGCAGGUAGACAACAGUAAGCUCACAGUCGGGUGGAGCCUGUGGCGAGCGAGCGCUCCGAUUGGUUGCCGCGUUGCGUUUCACCGCGUCAUGCGGGCAGGAUGGAUGUGAAAGAACGCAGGCCAUACUGCUCACUUACCAAGAGCAGGAGAGAGAAAGAGCGCCGCUACACGGGCUCAUCCGGCGACAGCGAGGACUGCCGCGUGCCCACCCAGAAGUCCUACAGCUCCAGCGAGACGCUCAAGGCCUUCGACCACGACUCCUCACGCCUUCUGUAUGGAGGCCAUGUCAAAGAGAUGGUCCACCGAGAGGCAGACGAGUACAGCCACCAAGGCUUCAUCAAAAUAUACAGCAGUCAAGGGCAGAACUUUAACCUGAGGCAGCUGGGAAUAUGUGAGCCAGCCACACGCCGUGGCCUGGCCUUCUGCGCAGAGAUGGGCCUCCCCCACCGCGGCUACUCCGUUGGCGCAGGCUCAGACGUGGACACUGAGAACGAGCGGGUGAUGUCACCGGAACGUGCCAUGCGCCUCUGGGGCAGGGGUGUGAAGUCUGGCCGCAACUCCUGCUUGUCCAGCCGCUCCAACUCAGUCCUGACCCUGACCGACACAGAGCACGAGAACAAAUCAGACAGUGAGAACGGUUCUCCCAUGCCAUCCUCUCUCUCCAGUCCAUCAGUCACUGAGCAUUCCCAUUCUCAACCACCCUCACCCAAUCUCCAUGACAACCAGAGUUCCGUCUUAAGUAAUGCCACCACGCAGGCAGUGCAGGACUCUGAUUCGGAAGAAGAGUACACUUCCGCUCUCUAUAGACCUGUAACGCAGCCUGCCCUCAGCCACAGCUGUAAUGAGCAACCGUCCAAUCAGCACCAGCAGGGCCAGUCCACGCUGCCACCGGUGCCGCCCCCGCACAAGCAGCAGCCGUUGGUGACGGCGCUGAACCACAACUCUCUGAGCAGCCGCAGGAACGUGAGCCCGGCCCCUCCGGCCGCCCUCCCCGCCGAACUGCAAACCACACCCGAGUCAGUGCCGCUGCAGGACAGCUGGGUCCUGGGCAGCAAUGUGCCGCUGGAGAGUAGGCACUUUCUCUUUAAGACAGGCACCGGCACCACUCCUCUGUUCAGCACGGCCACGCCAGGCUACACCAUGGCCACGGGGGCAGUCUACUCGCCCCCCACACGGCCCCUGCCCCGCAACACACUCUCCCGCAGCGCUUUCAAGUUCAAGAAAUCCUCUAAGUACUGCUCAUGGAGGUGCACGGCCCUCAGUGCCAUGGCUGUCUCCGUACUGCUCUCUGUACUGCUCUGUUACUGCAUUGCCAUGCAUCUCUUUGGAUUGAAUUGGCAGCUGCAAGAGACUGAGGGCUAUGCUUUUGAGAACGGCCAGGUCAAAUCUGACGCCACGGCAACCAACGCAGUUACUGCCCUGUCUACUGAGAACAGAGUUUACUUUCAAGAGAAUAACACCAUAGACACAGGUGAGGUGGAUGUGGGCCGUAGAGCAGUACAGGAUGUCCCUCCAGGAACUUUUUGGCGCUCUCAGCUCUUCAUUGACCAGCCACAGUCCCUCAAGUUCAACAUCUCUGUCCAGAGAGGCGCCCUGGUGGGAGUCUAUGGCCGGAAAGGCCUGCCGCCCACACACACUCAGUAUGACUUUGUGGAGCUGUUGGACGGCAGUCGUCUGAUAGCUAAAGAGAAGCGUGGACUGGUGGAGGUGGAAGGAGCAGCCAGAAAGGCUCGUGCGGUUAACGUUCAUGAGGCAGAGUUCAUCCGCUACCUGGACUCAGGCACCUGGCACCUCGCCUUUUACAAUGACGGCAAAAACACUGAGCAGGUCUCCUACAACACCAUCAUCAUAGAUACCCUCACAGAGUGUCCACACAAUUGCCAUGGCAACGGAGACUGUCGCUCGGGAACAUGCCAUUGUUUCCCAGGGUUCCUUGGGCCUGAUUGCUCACGAGCCGCUUGUCCAGUGCUGUGUAGUGGCAAUGGGCAGUACUCCAGGGGGCGCUGUCUUUGUUACAGCGGCUGGAAGGGGACAGAGUGUGACGUUCCUAGCAGCCAGUGCAUCGAUAUUCACUGCAGCGGACACGGAAUCUGCAUUAUGGGCACCUGCGCCUGCAACACAGGCUAUAAAGGAGACAACUGUGAAGAAGUGGAUUGCCUGGACCCCUCCUGUUCAUCUCACGGAGUGUGCAUUCACGGAGAGUGCCACUGCAAUCCAGGAUGGGGCGGCAACAACUGUGAGAUCCUGAAGACUAUGUGCCCAGACCAGUGCUCGGGACACGGAACCUACCAGACGGAGAGCGGCACCUGCACCUGUGAUACCAACUGGACUGGACCCGAUUGCUCCAUCGAGGUGUGUGCAGUGGACUGUGGCUCUCACGGUGUGUGUAUUGGAGGAAGCUGUCGCUGUGAAGAGGGCUGGACCGGUUCGGUAUGCGAUCUGAAAGCUUGUCACUCACGCUGCACUGAACACGGUACCUGCAAGGACGGCAAAUGCGAAUGUCACCAGGGCUGGACCGGUGAACAUUGCACCGUUGAGGGAUGCCCAGGUCUGUGCAACAGUAAUGGACGCUGCACGCUGGAUCAGAAUGGCUGGCAUUGUGUCUGCCAACCAGGCUGGAGAGGGGCCGGCUGUGACGUUGCCAUGGAGACUCUCUGUGCAGACGGCAAGGACAAUGAAGGAGAUGGCCUGGUGGACUGUAUGGAUCCGGACUGUUGCCUGCAGAGCUCGUGUCAGACUCAUCCCUUCUGCCGUGGCUCUCCUGACCCCAUCGACAUCAUUGGCCAGAACCAACCCGGAAGCCCACAGCAAGCCACCCAGUCAUUCUAUCAGCAAAUCAGCUUCCUCAUUGGCCCAGAGAGCACACAUGUCAUUAACGGAGACAACCCCUUUAACAGAAGCCUGGUGUCCAUUAUCAGAGGGCAGGUGCUCACUGCAGAUGGUACACCCCUGAUUGGAGUCAACGUGUCCUUUGUGCACUACCCAGACCACGGAUUCACCAUCACACGGCAGGAUGGCAUGUAUGACAUUCUGGCCAAUGGCGGAGCAUCACUAACGCUGAGCUUCGAGCGGGCGCCGUUUCUGACGCAAUUCCGUACAGUAUGGAUCCCGUGGAAUGUCUUCUACGUAAUGGACAUGCUGGUUAUGAAGAAAGAGGAAAACGACAUCCCCAGCUGCGACCUGAGUGGCUUCAUUCGACCCAGCCCUCUCAUUGUGGCCACACCACUCUCCACCUUCUUCCGAUCCUCGCCCGAAAAUGGCCCCAUCAUUCCAGAGACACAGGUUCUUCAGGAGGAGACGGCGAUUCCGGGUAGCGACCUGAACCUUAUGUAUCUGAGUUCGCGGGCGGCUGGCUACCGGCCAGUGCUCAAGGUGACCAUGACCCAAGCCACUAUCCCCUUUAACCUCAUGAAGGUGCAUCUGAUGGUGGCAGUGGUGGGACGUCUCUUUCAGAAGUGGUUCCCUGCAGAACCCAACCUGUCCUACACCUUCAUCUGGGAUAAAACAGAUGCAUACAACCAAAGAGUUUAUGGCCUAUCAGAGGCUGUGGUGUCUGUGGGAUUUGAGUAUGAGUCCUGUUUGGAUCUGAUCUUGUGGGAGAAAAGAACAGCCAUCCUCCAAGGUUAUGAACUCGACGCCUCAAGCAUGGGAGGAUGGACCCUAGACAAACACCACAUUUUAGAUGUUCAGAAUGGCAUCCUGUACAAAGGCAACGGUGAGAACGUCUUCAUCUCCCAGCAGCCUCCAGUGAUCAGCACCAUCAUGGGUAAUGGGCGCAGGCGCAGCAUCUCCUGCCCCAGCUGUAAUGGCCAGGCUGAUGGCAACAAACUGCUGGCUCCAGUGGCCCUCGCCUGUGGAUCUGAUGGCAGCCUGUUUGUCGGUGACUUCAACUACAUCAGACGCAUCUUUCCCUCGGGAAACGUUACCAGUGUUAUGGAGCUAAGAAAUAAAGAUUUCAGACAUAGCAACAAUCCUGCACAUAGAUACUUCCUAGCAACAGACCCGAUGACAGGUCAGCUGUAUGUUUCGGACACCAACUCACGACGGAUCUUUAGGCCGAAAGCCCUGACAGGAGCCAAAGAGCUGCUGCAGAACGCAGAGGUUGUGGCAGGGACCGGAGAGCAGUGUCUGCCAUUUGACGAGGCUCGAUGUGGGGAUGGAGGCAAGGCCACUGAGGCGCUACUGCUGGGACCCAAGGGCAUUGCUGUGGAUAAGAAUGGGUUCAUCUACUUUGUUGAUGGUACCAUGAUCAGGAAAGUAGACCGGAAUGGCAUCAUCUCAACAAUGCUGGGGUCUAAUGACCUCACAUCUGCUCGGCCUCUGACCUGUGAUACUAGCAUGCAUAUUGGACAGGUGCGUUUAGAGUGGCCUACAGACCUGGCCAUCAACCCUAUGGACAACUCUAUCUAUGUGCUUGACAACAACGUUGUACUACAGAUAACCGAGAACAGGCAGGUGCGCAUUGUGGCGGGCAGACCUAUGCAUUGCCAGGUGCCAGGCAUCGAGUAUACCAUGGGAAAGCGUGCCAUCCAGACCACUCUAGAAGGUGCAACAGCCAUCGCUCUCUCCUACAGCGGUGUGCUCUAUAUUGCCGAGACGGAUGAAAAGAAGAUUAACCGCAUCAGACAAGUCAGCACGGAUGGCGAGAUUUCUCACUUGGCAGGAGCACCCUCUGACUGCGACUGCAAGAAUGACGCUAACUGUGACUGUUACCAGACAGGCGAUGGGUAUGCCAAAGACGCAAGGCUAAAUACUCCUUCCUCUCUGGUGGUCUCUCCUAAUGGAACGCUCUAUGUAGCUGACCUGGGAAACAUUAGAAUCCGUGCCAUACGUCACAAUCGACCUCCACAAGGCUCUUUGGGUCUUUAUGAAGUUGCAUCACCUGCUUCUCAAGAACUCUAUGUGUUUGACUCCAAUGGAACGCAUCAAUAUACUAUGAGCUUGGUCACUGGUGACUACAAAUACAACUUCAGCUAUAGCAAUGAAGAUGAUAUCACUGCUGUAACAGAUAGCAGUGGAAAUACGCUCCGGGUUCGUCGUGACCCCAAUCGAAUGCCAGUGCGUAUUGUUGCCCCUGACAACCAGGUUAUUUGGUUGACAAUUGGUACAAAUGGAGGGCUUAAGACUCUCACAGCACAGGGGCAGGAGUUGGUGCUCUUCACCUACCAUGGUAACAGCGGCCUGCUAGCCACCAAGAGCAUCCAAAUUGGCUGGACCACAUUUUAUGACUAUGACAGCGAGGGACGUCUGACAAAUGUGACAUUCCCCACUGGGGUUAUCACCAGUCUAAUUGGGGAGAUGGACAGAGCCCUAACAGUGGACAUUGAGACCUCAGGACGAGAUGACGAUGUCAGCAUCACCACCAACCUCUCUUCCAUUGAUUCUUUUUACACAUUAGUUCAAGUAAAGGUCAACGGUAGAAACCUGCUGUCUGUGGAUUAUGACCGCUCACUGCGCACAGAGAAAAUAUAUGACGAUCAUCGAAAGUUCCUUCUGAAGAUUGUGUAUGAUGCCUCUGGUCAUCCUACACUGUGGGUGCCCAGCAGUAAGCUGAUGUCUGUCAACCUCACCUAUUCCGGCACUGGUCAGGUCACAAGCAUUCAGAGAGGUCCCACAGUCGAGAGGGUAGAAUAUGAUAGCCAGGGACGCAUAGUCUCCAGGACCUUUGCCGACGGCAAAACCUGGAGUUACACCUAUUUGGACAAGUCUAUGGUGCUGCUUUUACACAGCCAGCGGCAGUACAUCUUUGAUUAUGAUCUGCAGGAUCGACUCUCCGCCAUCACUAUGCCAAGUGUGGCCCGUCACACCAUGCAAACUAUCCGCUCUGUCGGCUACUACCGCAACAUCUACAAUCCACCUGAAAGUAAUGCUUCAGUUAUGGUGGACUACAGUGAGGACGGCCAGCUCUUGCGGGUGGCACACUUGGGCACUGGCCGACGUGUUCUUUAUAAGUAUCGGAGACAGAACAAGCUGUCUGAGAUCCUAUAUGACAGCACACGGGUCAGCUUCACCUAUGAUGAGACAGCAGGUGUGCUGAAAACUGUCAACCUACAGAGUGAGGGUUUCAUUUGUUCUAUCAGAUAUCGGCAGAUAGGUCCACUGGUGGACAGGCAGAUAUUCCGCUUCAGUGAGGACGGCAUGGUCAAUGCUCGCUUUGACUACACCUAUGACAAUAGCUUCCGAGUCACCAGCAUGCAAGGAGUCAUCAACGAGACCCCACUUCCUAUAGAUCUUUAUCAGUUUGACGACAUUUCCGGCAAGGUUGAGCAGUUUGGGAAAUUCGGCGUCAUCUAUUACGACAUUAACCAGAUCAUAUCAACAGCUGUCAUGACCUAUACAAAGCACUUUGACGUCCAUGGCCGCAUCAAGGAGAUCCAAUACGAGAUAUUCCGCUCCCUCAUGUACUGGAUCACUAUCCAGUAUGACAACAUGGGCCGUGUCACCAAAAGAGAAAUAAAGAUCGGCCCUUUUGCCAACACUACCAAAUAUGGCUAUGAAUAUGAUGUGGACGGGCAGCUGCAGACAGUCUACCUGAAUGAGAAAAUGAUGUGGCGGUAUAAUUACGACCUGAACGGCAACCUACACCUGCUGAACCCUGGCAACAGUGCACGACUCACUCCCCUCCGCUAUGACUUACGGGACCGCAUCACACGACUUGGCGACGUGCAAUAUCGUAUGGACGAAGAUGGUUUUCUGCGCCAAAGGGGUACGGAGAUCUUUGAGUACAACUCCAAGGGCCUCUUGGUUCGGGUGCAUAGUAAAGCCAGUGGCUGGACCAUCCAGUACCGCUAUGAUGGGCUAGGAAGACGCCUGGCCUCUCGCAACAGUCUGGGCCAGCACCUUCAGUUCUUCUAUGCGGACCUCAACUACCCAACACGCAUUACCCAUGUCUACAACCACUCCAGCUCUGAAAUCACCUCACUCUACUAUGACCUACAAGGCCAUCUGUUUGCCAUGGAAAUUAGCAGUGGUGAGGAGUUUUACAUUGCUUGUGACAACACAGGAACACCACUGGCAGUCUUCAGCAGCAAUGGGCUUCUCCUCAAGCAGGUGCAAUAUACUGCUUAUGGAGAGAUCUAUUUUGACUCUAACCCUGACUUUCAAUUGGUUAUUGGAUUCCAUGGUGGCCUAUAUGACCCUUUAACAAGAUUGCUGCACUUUGGAGAGCGGGACUAUGACAUUCAAGCUGGCCGUUGGACCACCCCAGAUAUAAGCACCUGGACCAGGGUGGGCAAGGACCCAGCUCCCUUCAACUUGUAUAUGUUCUGCAAUAAUAAUCCCAUCAGCAAGGUGCAUGAGGUCAAGGAGUAUGUCACAGACAGCCUGUGA